AUGAAUGCCUUUCAACACACGUUUGGUGACGUGUGUAACCCCAAAGGCAUAUGCCACAUUAGCACCAGAAACCUUUCCCUUCUCAACUCGAUUCCCUACAUCACCUAUGCCUCGGCGCUUUGGGUGGCCUCGGUGAUUGGAGAACGAUACGGACGCCGCGUUGUCUAUAUAUCAAUGAACAUCAUCUGUCUGGUUGGCAUAGCGAUCAGCUACACAUCCAAGUCCUAUGGGCAGAUUCUUGCUGGACGCUCUGUUGUCAACAUAUACACAGGCAUGGAAGGCUGGCUCAUUCCUCUCUUCAUCUCCGAAUUAGUUCCACCCCGCGUCCGCGGUGCAAUGGUUAGCACCUACGUCUUCGGUCGCCUCAUCGGAUCUCUGAUCAUUGGUAUUGUUGCCUAUGCCACAGCUCCUAUCCCUGGGGAUGAUUCCUGGAAGAUUCCAGUGGCUGUGUUGUUUUCUGUACCUUCUCUUGCCCUGCUCCUCACUUGGUUUGCCCUCUCCGUUUUGAAGUAUCUCAACGAUGGCCACCCUGGUUACGAUAUCGAUGAGGACAUGGCGCGGAUGAGAGUUUCACUCGAAAGGAAUGUUGAGGGAAGUGGCUGGAGGGAUCUUUUCAAGGGCCACAAUUUAAGACGUACCAGCAUUGCCAUGAUUGCCAACUUCUUCGCCCUAGCCUCUGGCCAAGCAUUCGCAAACACGUACGGCACUAUCUUCAUCAAGAGUCUCAAUGUCUAUAACCCUUAUGUCUUCACCAUCAUAAUCAAGGUUGGAGGCAUUGUCGGCGCCUUGACAUUCGCACUCCUAGUCGACCACGUUGGCAGGAGGUUCUUUUAUCAUACGCUUGCUCCGAUGGCGGCGAUUUGCAUGAUAGUGAUCGGAAGCGUCGGUGCUAUACACAACCCAAGCAAGCAGGCUAAGCUUGUCAUUGCCUCUAUGUUUCCCUGCUAUGGGCUUUUCUUGCUCGGAUCCUUUGCCCCAUUGGGCACACUCAUUCCUGCCGAAAUACCCUCUCCUCGACUCAGAGACAAGACAGCGAUGGCUGCUUUUACUGUCCAGAAUCUGACGAACUUUGUCACCACCUUUACGGUUCCCUAUCUUACAGAUGCUGGAUACGCCAACCUUGGAGCAAAGAUUGGCUUUAUUUAUGGCGCUCUCGGGCUUGCAGGCUGUGUCUGGGCUUUCUUCUACUACCCUGAGCUUGAAGGCCGUUCGCUUGAAGAAAUCGAUCUUAUGUUUAUCGAGAACAUCCCAGCUCGACAUACACGAAAUCCGUAUGAUGAGUACUCUGGGCCUACCAGAGAGUCACGCCAUCCGAGGGGUCCAUCGUUGUUGUUCUACAAGUGCUCAAUGUCGAGGCUCUCGUCUAUAAUCAAGUCCGCGUUACUUGAGUUGUACGGCACUCGGCACGGCGAUCGGAAGAGAGGGGGCAAUGUCAACGGACUUUCCGAUAAAGUUGCGACUUUAAACGGGCGUCUCCAAGAGUGGCGUAGAAGUCUAGCUCGGAAGCUUAUAUUUGAUGUUUAUCCAUUAUCGGAGUUUCAGGCCCCGCAUGGCCGUGAAAGGACUGAACGAGAAUUCGAAAACUCUCUGUUCCGUCUGCAAGCGCUUUUUCUCAAGUUGGCGUACGAGAAUGCGAAAAUCUUGACCAAUAGGCCUCUUCUAUCCUUCAGAAAAACUAGCACUACUUCAAUGACUGACCCAUUUCGGGCAGCCAUACAACAGUGUAAGGAAGCUUCACUGUCGAUAUCUAGAGCUGCUUCGACGCCGUACCUCUUGGAAGCAUCUGAGACAUAUGCCAUAGCUGUUGUGUCAUUGCACCUGUUGACGGCAGGUGUGACACUGUGUAUCUCGAUAACGCUCGAUCAUUUGGCUCCUGACUCGACCGAAGUCAGAUCUAGGAUACGGCAGUUGAUGCAGGUACAGGCCCUUCUCAAGGAUAAGUCAAUUUUUGCCGCCCAGAGCCGGGAUAUCACGAAAAGACUCGCGAAUCUGGUGAUGGCAAAAACAGGCAAGGAGAGGUCAGAGACGGGGGUUUUGAGUAGUGCAUACCCAGAAGUCCCUGGAGGAGACUGA